AAGCCCAUGACAAAGCGCUAUGAGGUCAGAACGACGGCAACUCCAAACUAACAUGGCAGUCAGACUGUGUGAUGUGGCUUCUCUGCUUAGAAGUGGUUCGUGGGCAGCAGAGCCUUGGACCGGGCAGGUAAUUGCUACCAUGGAAACACAACUGUCUAAUGGACCAACUUGCAAUAACACAACCCAUGGUUCAACCACCAUAAACAACUGCUCAUCACCAGUUGAUUCUGGGAAUGCAGAAGACAGCAAGACCAAUUUAAUAGUCAACUACCUUCCACAAAACAUGACACAAGAAGAACUGAAGAGCCUCUUUGGCAGCAUUGGUGAGAUAGAAUCCUGCAAGCUUGUUAGGGACAAAAUAACAG